GGGGUGUAAAAACGCACCAUUUCGUAAUAUAAUGCAGGCUACAGUGCGCCCAGUUCACCUCACGAACACGCCUGCUGUACACCUUCGGUAAGGCAGUCUUGACAAGGAGUUUGUUAUUAGAGGAAUAGCUAGCUCCUUUUUUUUUUUUAUUACAACAAAAUCCAAUUUGCCCUUAGCUCACCUGAUAGUCAUAUUUAACAUUUAAGCACUUUGCACAUUAGCACUUUGUAGUUAUUUACUAAAUGUCUCUGUGAUCUACAGGUCAGCUGAACUUAAGUUCGGUAGAUGAGGAAGGGUAUCUUCCACAAGUACCCUACAGUGGACAGGCAGGGAGGUCUUUGGCUGCAUUUACCAUAACCAGUCCCAAAAAUUAGAGACAUUGCUGUCUAACACGUAGUGGUGAACAUGGAGGACUCUGACCAAUCCUCCCAAGCAACUGAAACUCCAUGUCUGCCAGGCACCUCAUCGGAGAAGGACAGAAAUGACCUCUUGUUUGAUAUUAUGAGACUACCCAUGAUACAGUUCCAGGCAAUUUGUAGUGGAAUACGCAACAAUAUGUCACCUGACGAGCUUGCAAAGAUGGUCUCCUCAUGGACUGAGGAUCGAGUCAGGAAAAACAUCCUCCAAACCAUGGCAGAACUAGAGGAAAAAACUAACAUCCUCUCUUCUAGCUAUCAAGAUCGACUGCGGCAUAACAAUGAUGAAGACCAGAAGAAAAAGGAGAUUGGAGAAGUACCUGAUGUCCAGCUGGCUCCGGUGACAAAAGAAGUCUUUGUCACUGUUCUUGACUCCUUGAAGGGGCCCUCUAGUGACGAAAACAAAGCUGGAAGUAAACAACAUUUUAUAAGAUACGUUCAUGGGAUGGCUGACAAAAUUAAGGACUUCCCAAAACUCUUUAAGGUAGCUCACAAGCGGUCCAAGGAGCUGAAAAUCACACCAGCACUUUGUGAGAGUAUCUCUGAGCUUCUGGCCCUUCCAGAUCCAGAUAGGAGGGCAAAAUACACGGAGGACGAUACAGAUAGACUCUGCACUGAAGAUGAAAUCAGUAGAGCUUCAAAGGAUGUCAGUAGCAUUCUACUGACACCAGGGGCCUUUUCAAGCCAACAUGAUGUCAAUGAAACCCUAAAGCCACACAGUAGUUCUCCCUCAUUGGCCUCUGUCAGGUCUGAGCAUGAAGAUGCAUGUGGAAUUGUUGACACUAUUGUCACUGAUUUAGAAGAUCUUUAUGAAAGCCUCGAGCCAAAAGAAGUUGAAAUGCUCCAAAGCCAAAGUUUGCUAACCCAAAUAGAGCCCACUGUAAAUAAUGAUGCCACCCAAAAGAAAUUCCACAACAAAGUUUACAGUAUUCUGUGUAGCACACAGGUGAAGCUCAGGAUGUUUUUCACUAUUCACCGUUCACAAGACAUCAUGCCCAGCUCAAAGACCAAUCUACCAACCGAGGACACGUGCCAUGACAUCCAACCUGAGGAUGGCCGUGAAUGGCCAAACCAGUCUGAUGCUGAAGGUCAGCCUGAUGUUCUACUAGAAGAACAUGAGGAACUCGUACUCUCCUCUGCCGAUGAACAAGCCAUUGUUGAAUGUGCGGUCAUGGACAUGCCAGACUCUAAAACAAUUAAUAUCAGGUCUUUGUCUUGUGAGAAGGAUGAAGGAGUACCUCCACCAGCAGGCCAACAUGAGGCAAAAGAUAAGAAACGGGGAAUGGGGAAAGGACUGAAAAUAUUUUUUGUGGAACAUAGGGUUUUGCGCCACAAAGCAAAAUCCCAGGAAGCGGCUUCUUCCCUUGAGGAGAGUACAGUUGACAACAGUGCUGAAACUGUGUCAUGCAUCUCUGAGUCAGAACUAGAAUCCAUGAGUACUUCUUCCAUAGCAGCACCUCAGGAGACCACAGUAGUAGAAGUAGCACAGCAUUAUGUGGCGUCUUCACAGGCACCUCCCCAGUGUUUGGAUAUUUGUGAGGAGAAUGAAACAACAUUGACCUCUCUUAGCAAAGACCAGGGAAAUGACGUUUCUGUUAUUACAGAAAGCUCUGACAGACAAGAUAAUCAUCUCAGCUUAGGGAAGAAAUUGAAAAAUGUCCUUGUUAGAUUCCCAUUGUAUUCGGCUCUGACAGCAGACUCACUAGAAACAGUUUCCUUCACUGAGGAGGACAAGGCCUGUGAACCUCUGGAACAGUCCAUAAGCAUUUCCUCCCAAACUGCUCCCCAGGGUGAGGAGUUUUCCCUGAUUUCUGACAGAACAGACAUUGAGCAGACAUGUGAAUAUGGUGACCUUGACAACAUUAUUGUCGACACAACAACUGAGAGCUCCAUAUGUCCUGAGUUCACUCAGGACCCUCCCGGAUUGACAUCUCCACCUACUGAUAAUAUGGCGAAAGAGGUCAUCUUAAAUGGCAACCAACCCACCAUGGGAAGAAAAUUUAAAAGAUUAUUUUCCAAAAGCUCAAGCUCAGCAAGAACCCCUGUGACCCUUGAACCCACUCAAGACAAUGUUUCCUCUUCUGAGGAGAUAGCAAUUGAGACCUGUGCUCCAGAGGCAGAAUCAUACCCCUAUACGGCAGCUCUACAGCCAUCUUUGGGCACAUUGCCAGAAACAUCUCCAUCUGAUGACAUCUGUGAGGGAGGUGGAACGUCUUUGACAGCCAUGAAGCAGGACAAGGAACCUGACCCUACUAAAACCACCCCAGAUAGUAAAGAUACUCAUCUCAGUUUGGGUAAAAGACUGAAAACAUUGUUUUGGUCCUCUAAGCCCUUAGACGUAGGGCUUGCCGUGCAGGCAGAUGAGGCAGUCCCUGAGGUAGCCCUCACUGUACCCUCUGACAUAGCAGAGACUACGAGUGAAUGUGCUGAGCUAAGCCAUGCUGUCCUUGACACAAUUGCCGAGACGUCUCAAAGUCCAGAGAGUCUCUCCCAAGAAAUGAUUCAAGCAUCUCCCAUCUUGGAAACAGUGACUUGUGUGACAGUAGUUGAUGAUGGGAUGACUGCUGGCAACAGUCGCAGCAUGGGCAAUACAUUGAAACAGUUCUUUGUCAAAUACCCAAAGAACAAAAGCGAUGUCCCAGCAGUGCCGAUAGUCUCGCAGGAAGCAGUUGAGGAGAGUGCAGAUGACAUCAGUACUCCUAAAGAUGUGUCAUGGGCCUCUGAGGCAGCUGUACAGCAAUCUGACCACAUAUCCUCUCAAGAAUCUCCCCGACGCGAGGACAUUUUUGAGAUUGAUGGAACUGUAUCACCUAUAAGCCAUGAGAGGGGACCUUCCUCUGACUUGACCAGCCAGACCACAAAAGCUGACCAUCUCAGUAUUGGUGAGAAGCUGAAACAAUUUUUUUUCCGUCCAAAGCACCCAGAAGGUAGCCUUGUUGACACCCAAGGAUUCCCCAGUAUUUCUGAAGCUACAUUAGCUUUGAAAGAUGUAACAGAUAGAAUGCUCCUUAACCUGGAUGAUGCUUCCACCUCAACUGCAAGGCUAGAACAUCUGAUAUCACGUGGAGUUCUCCGUCCAUUCACUGAUGACCUGGUGAAUCAAGUGUACAGCUUCUUAAAUGCCAUUGGUAGCUCAGCAUCCUGCAUUGAGCCCUCUAGGUUUGCCUCUGAAUCAGGGAUCCCAAAAACAAAGACAAGUGGCCGGCACAGAAGAGAACUUGUUUUGGACUGCAGAUCAGAAAUGACUCGUGCCUUCACAGAAAGAUCUGUUAACAUUGUCAUUAGGCAACUGCUUGAGAUGCUUCUUCCCCUUUCAAAGGAUGCUGACACCUCUGGAAGUCACGUGCUUGAUGUGGUUACUGACAUUAUGGCCAAAGAAGUCGUCAACACAAUCUCACUGGACCAUCUCACUCUGCAGAAGACAGACUCUGAAGUAAGUAACCAUUUUUCCUUGCACAUAGGUUUAUUAUUUUUUUUGUAAAAGUUAGCUGAGGACAUUAGGGCUGAUCCUUCAUUUUGGUAAAUAUCAGAGUUCAACCAUGUUUAAGUUUUGCCACCACUUUGUUGAGGUAGUGUAUGCCUGAACAGCAAAUUGUACAUUUCAACACAUUUGACACAACUGUUAAUCAGGACAGUGACAGCGACAGUGACAGUGACAGUGACAGCGACAGUGGCAGUAGCAGUAGCAGUGGCAGUGGCAGUGACAGUGGCAGUGAAAGUGUUGAAAGCAGCACGGAUAUUGGGGUUUCUGGCAGAGAUGAAAUGAAAAAAACUUUUUUAUCUGGGAUGCGUGAGGGUUUCUCCAAAGUCUUCAAGUCCAGCAACGUAACUGUGUAACUCUAACCAUGAAACAGGAAUGAUGGCACUUCCCCUUCGCUUCAAACACAAAACCAUUAGUAAAAACACUGAGCAUCCA